GGGGCUCCUCCGGGGACAACAGUGGUACCUGGCGGGGUCUGGCAGGGAGGGGUGGGGCUUUGCCAGAUGCCCCUGUCCCGGGGUCUCCCUGCAGCAGCUGGGCUUGGGGUGCCCUCCCCUGGCAGAUGCAGUUAUAGCACCAGGCUGGGGGGAUGGCACCUGGGCCAGGUGCAUGGGGGAUGGGGAUACAGGGCCUUUGCCCCAGCCCAGUCCUCUGGCACUGGGGCAGCUGGAAGCCCAGGUGUUCCCAGCCCAGGGCAGCUGGCUACUGUCUGCAGCACACUCCUCUUGCAGGGGGCACGUUAUCAUGUACAGUGCUCUGUGCCUGCAUCUCUGGUCAGGACUGGGGUGCGUGGUAUCCCCCCAGCAGGUUGGGGUGUGUGGGUUUCUCUGCUCCGUGCCCAGGGAUGCAGGAUGCUUGGGGUAGGUUCCCCGCUUGCAGCGGGGGUGGGGGGCAGGAGGCACCGAGCCCUGCGUGUCCCCUCUCGUGGCUGGGCAGGGCCGGGGCUGGGUGCAGGAUCCGUCCUCAGUGCUAUCGGGGCUCUUUUCCAGACAUGCUGCAGCUGAUCACCACCCAGGACCAUGACUUCCCUGGCCUGUUUGACUCCCCCUUUGGCGCGCCGGCCAUCCCAGCGCCGGAGGCCAGCGCGCCCACGGGGCUCCCAUCCACACCGAACAUGCUCGAUGACUUCCUGGGCACCAGCAAGGCACAGCUGCCCGCAGCCCCCGGAAACGUGUACCAGGCGCCUCCGCCGCUGCAGAGCUUCCAGCCGCAGCCGCAGGCCCCGCUUCUGGCCAGGCCAAGCCCGCCGGCAUCUCCGGGGGUCAAGGAGGAGCCCGCGGUGCCGCCCACCAGCCAGCCCCAACCCCCACCCCCAGCACAGCAGGGCGUGAUGAUGGCCCAGAGCUUCGUCCAGGCCCCUCAGCAGCCCCAGCAGUUCCCCCAGCAGCCCCUGUUGGGCUACCAGAGCCAGCACGGCUUCACCGCAGUGCAGCCAGGCAGCAGCGGGCAGAGCCUGCCUCCCCCCCCUGCCCAGCUCCAGCCCAUUGCCCUGCAGACACAGGUCCAGAACGUUUCUCCCCAGCAGCUGAUGGCCACAACCACCCCCAGCGCCACCCCAGCCAUCUCCUCCCACAUUCAGCAAGUCCCGGUCCUGCUACAGCACCAUUUCAUCAAGGCUGACUCCCUGCUCCUGACCGCCGUGAAGACAGACGUCUCUGGGGCAAAGACCUCUGGCAUCACGUCGCUGGCCACCACCACAGCUGUCCAGUCCACCCCACUGCAGGUGCCGACCCUGGUGAGCAACGGCACCAUCCUGGCCACUGUACCACUGGUGGUGGAUGCUGACAAGCUGCCCAUUAACCGGCUGGUGGCCAGUGGGAAACCAGUCCUGGCACAGAACCGGGGGGAGAAGCGCACGGCCCACAAUGCCAUCGAGAAGCGGUACCGCUCCUCCAUCAAUGACAAGAUUGUGGAGCUCAAGGACCUGGUGGUGGGCACCGAGGCCAAGCUGAAUAAGUCGGCGAUCUUGAAGAAGGCGAUUGACUACAUCCGCUUCCUGCGGCAGACCAACCAGAAGCUGAAGCAGGAGAACCUGGCGCUCAAGCUAGCUGCCCAGAAGAACAAGUCCCUGAAGGACCUGGUGGCCACGUGUGGUGCUGGGGGAAGCGUGGACACCCCCAUGGAGGGCAUCAAGCCGGAGAUGAUGGACGUAAUGUUGACGCCACCACCCUCGGAUAUGGGCUCCCCCUCUCACAGCAGUCCCCUCUCACUGAGCGGUGGCAGCAGCAACAGCAGCAGCGACUCGGAGCCCGAGAGCCCGCUCUUCGAUGACAGCAAGGUGAAGCAAGAGCAGCCCCCGCUGUCCCCCAGCAGCCUGGGCAUGCUGGAUCGCUCCCGCAUGGCGCUCUGCGCCUUCGUCUUCCUCUGCCUCUCCUUCAACCCCCUGGCCUCCCUCCUGAGGGGCGUUGGACCUCCGGCCACCCCGGAGAGCUCAGGCCCCCCUGGCCCUGGCAGGAGCAUCAUGGGGCAGCCAGACUCCAUAGAGGAGUCCUCGGGCUGGUUUCCGUGGCUCCUGCCCUCCCCGAUCUUUUGGCUGCUGAACGUGCUGGUAGUGCUGGCUGCCUUCGUCCGGCUCUUCAUCUACGGCGAGCCCGUCACCCGCCCCCACUCGGAGUCCUCCGUCCUCUUCUGGCGGCACCGCAGGCAGGCAGACCUGGACCUGGCCCGGGGGGACUUUGCUCAGGCCUCGCAGCACCUGUGGACGGCGCUGAAGGCACUGGGCCGCCCGUUGCCCACCUCUAAGGUGGACCUGUCCUGCAGCCUGAUGUGGAACCUCAUCCGCCACGUGCUGCAGCGCCUCUGGGUGGGCCGCUGGCUGGCGGCCCGGGCUGGCGGCUUCCGGCGCGACCAUGAGUUGAAGGCCGAUGUGCGCAAGAGUGCCCGCGACGCUGCCCUCGUCUACCACAAGCUGCACCAGCUCCACAUGACAGGGAAGCAUGCAGGAGGCCACCUCCUGGCCAUCAACAUGGCGCUGAGCGCUGUCAACCUGGCUGAGUGCGCCGGUGACUCCAUCUCUGUGGCCACGCUAGCCGAGAUCUACGUGGCAGCUGCACUCCGGAUCAAAACCAGCCUCCACCGGUGCUUCCACUUCCUGGCGCGCCCCUUCCUGUGCAGCGCCCGGCAGGUGUCCCUCUCGCACAGCGGCACUGUGCCCCCCGCCAUGCAGUGGCUCUGCCACCCCCUGGGCCACCGCUUUUUUGUUGAUGGGGACUGGUCAGUGAAGAGCACGCCGAGGGACAGCAUCUACAGUUCCACCAGCAACCCAGUGGACCCCCUGGCCCAGGUCACCCAACUGUUCCGUGAGCACUUGCUGGAGAAGGCGCUGUGCUGUGUGGCAAUGCCGGAGCCAAGCCCAUCUGCCGCCCAAGGAGAGGGGCAGUUCUCCGACGCCCUCGAGUACCUCCAGCUGCUCAAUGGCUGCUCAGAUGCGGCCGGCACACCCAGCCGCACCCUCUCCAUCAGCUCUGACAUGGCUGCCGGCACAGGCACCGACCCCAUUGCCAAGUGGUGGGCGUCCAUCAUCACCGUGGCAAUUCACUGGCUGCAGGGGGACGACGAGGCGGCAGAGCGGCUGUACCCUUUGGUGGAGACCAUGCCGCGAGCUCUGCAGGGCUCUGAGAAACCCCUGCCCAGGGCAGCCCUGCACGCCUUCAAGGCUGUGCGUGCCCUGCUAGGCAAGCAGGACGGCAGCCAGGCCAGCCUGAGCCAGUGCGAGAAGGCCAGCGGCUACCUGCGUGACAGCCUGGACCUCGGCUCGCCCGCCAAGGGCACCUUGGACAAGGCGGUCCAGCUCCUCCUGUGCGACCUGCUCCUGGUGACCCGCACCAACCUGUGGCAGCAGCAGAUGAACGUGAGCCAGCAGCUGAGCUGUGUCUACCAGGCCUCGGCCCUGGAGCUGCGGGGCUUCCAGCAGGACCUCAGCAGCCUGCGACGCCUGGCCCACACCUUCCGCCCGGCCAUGCGCAGGGUGUUCCUCCAUGAAGCCACCGCCAGGCUGAUGGCCAGAGCCAGCCCCACCAGGACCCAUCAGUUGCUGGAUCGCAGCCUGCGUAGGAGGGGGACACAAAGCAGCAAAGGAGCUGGCGAGCCAGAAAGCCAUCCCACGCCGCGUGAGCAUGCCGAAGCCCUGCUCCUGGCCUGCUGCUACCUCCCGCCGAGCUUCCUAUCGGCCCCGGGGCAGCGCGUGGGCAUGCUGGCAGAGGCCGCCCACACGCUGGAGAAGCUGGGAGACAAACGGACGCUCCACGACUGCCAGCAGAUGAUCAUCAAACUGGGCAGCGGCACCACAGUCACCACUGGAUAGCGCCACCCCCCCAUGGGGCACCCCACAUGCCAUGGACCAUGGGGAUGGGUACAGAGGCUUCAGCUGCACUGUGGCCAAUGUGCCCUUGCUUAAUUGCCUGAGGCAUUCGUUAUGACUAGUGGGAGGGGCUGGAGCAAGGGGGCUGGGACCCAGGACUCUUGGGUUGUAUUCCUGAUACUCAGGCACCUGUGUGUGUGCCCCAGCCUCUAUGUGGGUGUAGACCCUUCCCUACCUCAGGGGGUACCUACCUGUCUGUGAGGUGGGGCAGGAGGCCUGGUGGGAUGGUGUUACAGAACUAGUGUUAUGACCAGCCGAAGGGACCCUAGGGGCAGUUGGGAAAGGUGGGUACUGGCAGGUGUCUCUGGUGGCUGAGGACUGGCCCUUGCCCCCACAAAUGGGAGCCCAGCCUGCCCCUGCCUCUAAAGGUGAUCUCCCACCUCCCCUCAGGUGUCAGCAUGAACAGGGCGAUAAUGCUUCAUGGUUUAUGUGGCUUUGGGACAUGUGGGCACCCCUGGCUGGGCUCCGAUGCCCAGGCCUCGUGCCUGGUGCUGGGAGACAGACCAGCAGUGCCUGGGGGUCGCCGAUUCCCCGCUGCCCCUCCAGCGGUGACGCCAGCCCCCACCUCCAUGCCCCCCUGCUGUGAGCCCUGUCCGGUGGGCACGGGGCAGUGGAGACCUCUAGCGGCACCUUCUUAAUAUUGCAAGCACUGGCUCCUUCCAGCCCUUCCCCUCCGCCCUGGGCCUGGUUGCAGGACCAUGCUGCAGCCUCCCUCCACAGGUCCCUGCUGCUGCCAGACAUUUCCCCACACUGGCUUCCAGCGUUGCUGUUGCUGGGGUGCACCCCAGUAUUUAAGCAGAAAAGUAGCCCCGCGAGGCAGGGCCUUGGUCACCCAGCGCCUCCUUGGCACAUGCACGUGGCAUCUCCCUGUGUGGAUGCAGGAGACUGGUGGCUUUUCCAGGGCCUCUGUGGCAGAGGGGGCAAGAUGAUACCAAAAAGUGUGUCCUGGCCGAGCCAUCUCCAGGGACUGCACAGCCACUCGUACCCCUGCUCCCACAGCCCUAGAGACUCCUGGGGGAAGGGGUCUGGUUCUUCCUGCUGGCACCUGUUCCCCUCCGAGCAUGGAGCUGGGGCCAGGCAUCAACCCUAAGGGGCUCAGGGAAUGAGGUAGGGGUAGGCAUGACUGGCUCAGGGUAGCAGUCACUGGCCCCAGAUUUGUCCCCUCUUCCUCCCUGUGCCAGCCACAACCCCUUCCUACUCUGGCUGGCAUCCUGGGCCACGUUUGUGUUUGCAGAGGGCUGCUGUUGCUAUGGCACUUAGACUGGUAGUGAUGGAGGGGGCUGGGGGUGCAGGGAAUUGGCCCCGUUUGGGUGGGAGACGUGGCCGGCAGCCACAUACAGGCCCUGUACAUAGCCACCGCCUCCCCCAAGCGCGAUUCCCCCCUCGCCCUGCUCACUGCCUGCGUUUCCUUUUUAAAUGGUAUUUUCAUAGUUUGAGAGUUUUGUACAGAUGAUUAAAGCCGAUUAUUUAUAG